UGUGCUUUCAAACUAGAUUAGAAAAGCUUCUCAUAGCAAACUAGGGAAUCGAAGCGGUGAUUUUACAUAGCUGUCAUGAAAUAUUUGGAACGCUGCUGCUGAUAGUUCAAGACUUUGCAGCAUACUUAGAAUGCAAGCUUUCUGGGCCAGAAAUUGAUCUGCCGACUUUGGAGCCUUAUCUGAUUACUGCUUGGUUCAUCUUUAUUUGUUAAACUCCUCUGUAGGCUGAAGGGGGGAGACUUUCCUGUGUUUGCAGAGCUUGACCAAGCAGGAAUUCUGGCAGCUGGUGCAGCAGAACUAUGGCCCGGAGCUAGGCUUCAGUGCUGGAGAAAUGGAAAAGCUGUCACUGUUGAUCGAGGAGAAUGCGCAGCCAAGAAGUCCAGGAAGAAGCAGCUUGGAUGACUCUGGGGAGAGAGAUGAAAAAUUAUCCAAGUCAAUCAGUUUUACCCGUGAAUCAGUGAGCCGGGGGUCAGAAACCGAGUCAUUCAGUGGAAAUACACCAAAAGAGGGGUUAGGAAAAGAGGAGCCCCAUAGUGAGAAUCUGAUCAAGCAGAGUCCUUUACUAACUUCAGAAAAGAGGUUAAGUAGAGUGCCAUCAAAAUUGCUGAACUUGAAUACGAAUGAGUAUCUUUCCCUGGACAAAAGCAGCAGUUCAGAUUCUGUUGGUGAAGAAAAUAUUCCUGAGAAAGAUCUUCAUGGAAGACUUUAUAUCAACCGUGUUUUUCAUAUCAGCGCUGAGAGAAUGUUUGAAUUGCUCUUCACCAGUUCAUGCUUUAUGCAGAGAUUUGCCAGUUCUAGAAAUAUAUUAGAUGUAGUUUCUACUCCCUGGAAUGUAGAGCCUGGAGGUGAUCAGCUGAGAACCAUGACCUACACUAUCGUCCUUAAUAAUCCACUGACUGGAAAAUGCACUGCUGCCACUGAAAAGCAGACACUGUAUAAAGAAAGUCGGGAGGCACAGUUUUAUUUGGUAGAUUCAGAAGUACUGACACAUGAUGUCCCCUACCAUGAUUACUUCUAUACCUUGAACAGAUACUGUAUCAUCCGAUCUUCAAAACAGAAAUGCAGGCUAAGAGUUUCCACAGAUUUGAAAUACAGAAAACAGCCAUGGGGCCUUGUCAAAUCUUUAAUUGAGAAGAAUUCGUGGAGUUCAUUGGAGGAUUAUUUCAAACAGCUUGAAUCACAUUUGUUAAUGGAAGAAUCUAUGUUAAACCAGUCCAUUGAAGACUCUGGAAAACUUAGCGGCCUACGAAGGAGAAGGAGAACAUUCAACGUAACAGCAGAAGUAGCUCCUAAACUUUCUUCUCAGCGGUCUUCUGGAGAUGUGGGCUUAGAUGUCAAAGGGGAUAUUACAGAAAAGAAAAAAGAAAUGGAAAGCUAUAACACCACUCUUAUUGUGGUGAUGAGUAUUUCUUUGCUGUUGCUAGUUUUGUUGAAUGUGACACUGUUUAUGAAGUUGUCCAAGAUAGAAUAUGCUGCUCAGUCGUUUUACCGUCUCCACCUCCAAGAAGAGAAAUCUCUAAAUUUAGCCUCUGACAUGGUGUCAAGAGCAGAAAAUCCUCAAAAGAACAAAGAUCAGGCUCAUCGCUUAAAGGGAGUGCUCCGAGACUCCAUAGUGAUGCUCAAACAGCUGAAGAGCUCACUUGUUAUGCUCCAGAGAACCUUUGAUCUACUGAGUAAGAACAAGACUGGUAGCGCUGCCCAAAGCUAGUGAUCUUAAGGACUGCAAUAGAGACACUUGGAACUAAAAGAAGACAUCUAGAAGAAAACCAAACAAUGAAGGAUUUUAAUUGUCAUAGGAACAUUUCCAUGUUUUCUCAUUUUUGGUUUUUCUAAUAUGAACUUUUUUUCAAUAAUAUUUAUUUGAUAAUUUGUCCUAGCUGGCCUCAAGGAUCCUUCCUUUCACUUCUUAAACAUAAUUCUAAGCUGUGAAGUUCUCCAGUGAACCAUGAAAUAUAUUAUGGAGUUGAAUUUCUCAGGUAUGAGAAGAAAAUGCACUCUGAAUUGAAUGGUAUAGCCUCAUUUUUCUGUGAGGUUUGAGGUUUGGAUGCUUUAUCUGUUAGUGCAGAAUCAGUACUUAUCCAUAGAAUGCUUUUACAGUUGAGACAUGUUCAAGAGGCUAAAGAGGACAGACAAUGU